AGGAUUACACCUUAACCAUGUAUUUUCAACAAUACUGGAGAGAUAAAAGGCUCGCCUAUUCCGGGAUCCCUCUCAACCUCACGCUGGACAAUCGGGUGGCUGACCAGCUCUGGGUGCCGGACACGUACUUCCUAAAUGACAAGAAGUCGUUUGUGCACGGCGUGACCGUGAAGAACCGCAUGAUCCGCCUCCACCCCGACGGGACGGUGCUGUACGGACUCAGAAUCACCACGACUGCGGCGUGCAUGAUGGAUCUGAGGAGAUACCCCUUGGAUGAGCAGAACUGUACUCUGGAGAUUGAAAGCUAUGGCUACACCACGGAUGACAUUGAAUUUUACUGGCGUGGCGGCGAUAAGGCCGUCACUGGAGUGGAGAGGAUUGAGCUCCCACAGUUCUCCAUCGUGGAGCACCGUCUGGUCUCCAGGAAUGUUGUCUUUGCCACAGGUGCCUACCCUCGGCUCUCCCUGAGCUUCCGGCUGAAGAGAAACAUUGGCUACUUCAUUCUCCAGACCUACAUGCCCUCCAUCCUCAUUACGAUUCUCUCCUGGGUGUCCUUCUGGAUCAACUACGAUGCAUCUGCGGCCAGAGUUGCCCUUGGAAUCACCACCGUGCUGACCAUGACGACCAUCAACACGCACCUUCGGGAGACGCUGCCCAAAAUCCCCUACGUCAAAGCCAUUGACAUGUACCUCAUGGGCUGCUUUGUCUUUGUGUUUCUGGCCCUUCUGGAGUAUGCCUUCGUCAACUACAUUUUCUUUGGAAGAGGCCCUCAAAGGCAGAAGAAGCUUGCAGAAAAGACCGCCAAGGCUAAGAAUGACCGUUCAAAAAGUGAAAGCAACCGGGUGGAUGCUCAUGGAAAUAUCCUGUUAACAUCGCUGGAGGUUCACAACGAAAUGAACGAGGUUGCAGGCGGCGUUGGCGACACCAGGAAUUCAGCAAUAUCCUUUGACAACUCAGGAAUCCAGUACAGGAAACAGAGCAUGCCCAGGGAAGGGCACGGGCGGCACAUGGGGGACCGAGGCAUCCCGCACAAGAAGACCCACCUACGGAGGAGGUCUUCACAGCUCAAAAUCAAGAUCCCCGAUCUGACGGAUGUGAACGCCAUAGACAGAUGGUCCAGGAUCGUGUUUCCAUUCACUUUUUCUCUUUUCAACUUAGUUUACUGGCUGUACUAUGUUAACUGAGUGACUGUACUUGAUUUUUCAAAGACUUCAUUUAACACUGAGUGAAAUAUUACUCUGCCUGUCAAGUUUUUAUACCUGUACACACACACAGACUCACACACGCAGACACACACAUAUAUACAUACGCAAUUGUAUAUAUAUGUGAACUUUCUCAGCAUAUAUAUAAAAUACACGUGUAUAUGAGGAUGUAUGUGUAUAUGUUUAUACACACAGGCGUAAGGACCCAUGUGUAUGUAAAACAAAUACACAUACAUAUCUACAUUUUGCAGCUAUGGACAAUUUAACACAGGAUGCAUAUUAAAGAAAGUCAUAGUUUUUUCUUUUUUAAUUGAAAGGGACAAGCAUCGUCGAAAUAGUAAUGCCUUGAGAAUGAGGGCGCGAAACACAGUAUCAUCCCCAAGUGUGUCUUUGACGAUCAUAAGUUAGAUGUUUUAGUUUAAAAAUCAGAAAGAAACUCUUAGUUGUUCUUCAAAAACUCAUGCAGUGGUAUUGCUAGUUUAGAACGAGUCGCAUACUUCACAUCCUCUCUUUCGGUUUAUUAAGCGAAGGCUUUUGGCUUGAAAGGUGAUGCGGUUUGCUUUCGCCAGGCAAACUUCUUCUGUACUGGGUCAGUGGAUGAUGUGAGCCCCUGGCGUGGGCUCACCUGUUUUCUUACAUGUAGAUACAGCCCAGAUUGGUGUCUGAAUGUCCAUCUUUUGCAUUGGGAACAGAUGGCAUCUCAUUGUAAGUACUCCGAUGUACAGUGUCUUUUCUGUUCACCUGGAGUGGAUCCAGCUUACGUCACGUGCGAACACAGUGGCACAUUUUGGCGAUCUUUAGUUGACAUUUCAAUCACUGGAAAUGUGCUCCACAUCUCUCACAGAUUUCCAAGCCCGAUACCUAACAGAAAGCUUAGACGUCUCAGGUUAUUUGAAUAACUCUAAGGUCAGGCCGUCUAGGAUGAUUUUCCCCCUUGUCUUUGAGUUAUCGACCACUUAUAACAUUGUGUGUUCAUAUAAAAUAUAUUUGCAUAAUAUGCAUAUCCAUGUAUAUUUACCGAGAUUUGGUUUCUUCUGCUUGCUCUCACGGCAGCAUGCGAGAUCAGAUUUUUCUUUAUGUGCUGUACCUGCUUUCUGUUUUCUAUAAUUAAGAUUGAAGCUCAAACACUUCUGUUCAGUUUCAGCAACUGAGAAGCAUCCUCACGCCUUUAUUUCUGUAUCUGACAUCUCUCACAAGCACAUCCAACUCCUCCUAGUGGAGCUGGGACCCUGCAGGAACACGACCAGUACACACCAUGUAUCACCCCGUGACCCGUGACCCAUGACCGUUCUCUUGAGGCCAAGGAGAGCAACCUGACCACAAACACAGUCACUCUGGGUUCUUUCUGAUCCACAGCCUCAUCAGUAUUUGGACUUUUUAAAGCUCGUAGAAACAAGACAAGGUGCACCGGUUUCAUAGAUGCAACCUUAACUUACUAUUUAGAUGAGAUCUUUCUAAAGAAAAAAAAAGAGAUGAUAUAUUUUUUGUAAACAAUAUUUCUAUCACAGGCAUCCAUAAACUGAAAUGACUACAGAUUGUGUAAACAGAUGUCACAGUGAAGUUAAGCAUUUGGAGAAAAAAAAAAGCAAAAUAUUCAGGAAAGAACUGCAAAAUUAAGACUUUAUCCCAAAACGCCACACAUGCCUCACCCUCUCUGUUCUGUCCAAAACCAGUGACCAGAGUCUCGUCCAGCGCUCUCAUCUCUGGCCCCAGCUCUCUCCCUGUAGAUAGAGGCACCCCCACCUCCCUGCGGGUGUGGGUGCCGAGGGCUGUCCCCAAGAGCGACCACUACUUGCUUUUCCUUGGAGGCUAAUGACAACCUUGAACUUGCGGGCAUUGGUAACAGUCCAAACCCACUGUCAGGUAGACCCGUCCACAAAAUCUCAUGCUAGAAGCAAUGGCCAAUUUUUAUUCCCUUUCCCCUCUUCCAUUCUUACCUUUUUUCUGCAUCUUCUCCCAACCGCUGCUCUCUGGUUUUAGUUUUGUCCGGAGACUAGCCAAGUGAUUUCUUGUUCUCUGGCUUUUCUCUGACAGUUUUUUCCCAUGGGUAACAAUGGGGGAUCCUAACAAUUAAACAGAUUGGGGAGAACCUUGUAAAGUGGCCUUAUCACUGUUAACAUGUUAAAGAAAAAAAAAAAGACAUUGUGAAGACCUUAUCCCUUUCAGCACUUCAGGUACCUUUUCCUUAUAUCAGCGAUUUCAGGCGUGCGCUCCACAUGCAGAAAAGGGACCCAGACUGCACAUGAGCGCUGACAAAAGUGUCAGCGGCUGCUUCAAGUGUAGGAUUUACACGUUCAAAACUGUGACAUUAAUUCUUUCUGGGAGAAAAGUGAUUCGAGGUGUUUUCGAUGCACCGUUGAGGUACCCAACUCUCAACGGCAGAGACCCCCCCGGGGCUCAGAGGAGCUGCAGUCUCCCUCCCAAGGUUUUCCGGAUAUAAAUUUGCAUGGAAUAGUCAUGAUAGCUUUUGAGCUUUUUAUAUGCAUUUGGCACCAAGACUGGGAUCCACAACUUUGUAGACACUGCGAUGACGUUAAACAUAAUAGCUAUACUAUAAAUAGUGUUUGUAACUACACACACACACACACACACACACAAAUACAUAUAUUCUGUAAAAAAAAAAACUUUUUAAAAUCCUUGGAUAUGUGUUUGCUUUACUCCAUUUUAGAAGAAAAUUACUUUUCUUCUAAUAAAGUUCUUUUAUAGCUUCUCCAUUUUUAAAAGUUGUCCGAAAUACUGAGAAGCAGAACUCCGUGCUGGCAGAACAAAGCUGAGUUUGGUUCUCCGCUCAGUUACGACGUCCUCUCAUUUUUACUCCAGAGUAGUUAUGGGAGCCAGUGAGUAAGGCAUGUCGAUGAAUUCUGAACCCGGAUCCCUGACAUUAAUCUGAGGUGGCUGUUACCCACAUCCAGACUUCUCGAGUCAGGAGAGAACAGUUGAAUUUGGAAUAUAAUGAUCUCUCUUUCUCAACACCUGAACGUAAUAAAAAAGUUGAUUUUCUAUGUA